CUUUUGUCCAGAUUGUUGAAGGACUUAUCAACGUUAUAUACCGCCGAAACAGCUCACUAUAAUGAGACGGACACAUUGUUGAAUUCCUGUCCAGGUAAAUGUCCGCGUUUCCUUCGCAUGGUUAACUACAAGAGGUCGACAGCUAGACAGGGUAACCACAAUUGAGAAGGUAGCUGUAAACCCCAGGACCCCGUCUCCAGGCUCCCGCACAGGGCUGAGUGAAGGAAACUUGGGAAACAAAGUGGUGACUCUCCCUGUGGGAAUCCUGGAUCCUCCAUCCUGCCCACCAACAUGACCAAUGUGGUGAUCGUCAAGGAGGGAUGGCUGCAUAAAAGAGGAGAAUACAUCAAGACCUGGAGGCCAAGGUAUUUUCUCCUGAAGAGUGAUGGUACAUUCAUUGGCUACAAAGAGCGACCACAAGAUGUUGACCAGCUGGAAACCCCCUUAAAUAACUUCUCUGUAGCACAGUGCCAGCUGAUGAAGACGGAACGGCCCAAGUCCAACACAUUUAUCAUUCGCUGCCUGCAGUGGACCACUGUCAUCGAGCGCACCUUCCACGUGGAGACCCCCGAGGAGAGGGAAGAAUGGACUAAAGCCAUCCAGGCAGUGGCUGAAGGCCUGCAGAAACAAGAGGAGGAGAUGAUGGACUCCUCUCCGGACCCCAUGGACAUGGAGGUUUACCUGACCAAACCCAGGCAAAAAGUGACUAUGCACGACUUUGAAUACCUCAAACUCCUGGGAAAAGGCACUUUUGGCAAAGUUAUCCUGGUAAAGGAGAAGGCCACAGGACGCUACUACGCCAUGAAGAUCCUGAAAAAGGAGGUGAUCGUAGCAAAAGAUGAAGUGGCGCACACACUCACAGAGAACCGAGUCCUCCAGAAUUCAAAGCAUCCGUUCUUGACAGGCCUGAAAUACUCCUUCCAGACACAUGACCGCUUGUGCUUUGUCAUGGAGUAUGCAAACGGCGGUGAGCUUUUCUUCCAUUUGUCAAGGGACCGGGUAUUCUCAGAGGAGCGAGCACGGUUCUACGGAGCAGAGAUAGUGUCAGCUCUGGACUACCUGCAUGCUGAAAGAAACGUGGUCUAUCGAGAUCUAAAGCUGGAAAACCUCAUGCUGGAUAAAGAUGGACACAUAAAAAUCACGGAUUUUGGCCUGUGUAAGGAGGGGAUCAAAGAUGGCGCCACCAUGAAAACCUUCUGUGGGACACCAGAGUACCUGGCACCUGAGGUGCUAGAAGACAACGACUAUGGGCGUGCUGUGGACUGGUGGGGUCUGGGGGUGGUGAUGUACGAGAUGAUGUGCGGCAGACUGCCCUUCUACAACCAGGACCACGAGAAGCUGUUUGAGCUCAUCCUUAUGGAAGACAUCCGCUUCCCGCGGACACUCGGUCCCGAGGCACGCUCGCUGCUCUCUGGCCUUCUCAAGAAAGAUCCAAUGCAGAGGUUAGGUGGCGGUCCUGACGAUGCCAAGGAAAUCAUGCAGCACAAGUUCUUUUCCGGGAUUGAAUGGCAAGAUGUUUAUGAGAAGAAGCUGGUCCCACCGUUUAAGCCCCAAGUUACCUCGGAGACGGACACACGAUAUUUUGACGAAGAGUUCACAGCACAGACCAUCACUAUUACGCCACCCGGACAAGAUGACAGUAUGGAGUCCUUCGACAGCGAGCGGAGACCCCACUUCCCCCAGUUCUCCUACUCUGCCAGUGGGACGGCAUAAACGACUCUCAUACAUUCCUCUGGCCCCACCAUCUCCCCUCUCUCCCCACCCGACUGCACUCUCAAUAGACCGGGGCCACGUCCCCGUCCUCCCAGCAUUGUCUGCAGAUGCCGUUGGUUGGACGCAACAUUACAAUCUGCAAGUUGUGUUUUACAGGAAGGAGGAAAUACAAGACAAAAACAAAGAUAACUGUGGUUGUUCUGUGUUGGCCUUUGAAGACUGACCACGGAGAGAGUUAACACUACCCUGCAUUUCCUGGUCGUUACGUUGUAUACCGAGCAGGCAUCCAUACACCAUAAUGAAUGAGGAAAUGUAGUAUUGUUAUGCACAAAUUAGGCCACUGCUAUGAAUUUCAAAAAGGGCCAUUUUGUAUUGAAAAUAUAUGAUAGAAUAUGAAUCAACCAUUUCAAAUAGAAGUAGGCAUACUGUGGACCAAAACAUCAUGUGAGCAGAGUGUGUUGUUUGUUGAUUGGGUGAUAAAACCAUGUCCGAACAAUUCAAAUACCAUUCAGAUCAAGUCUUCAAGACAUUUUUUUUUUUGGCUUCAAAGGUGAAUGUACCAUAUCAAAUAAAGUCAAUCUUUCUGCAUAUUUACAUUUUGUAACACAUGGUUGAUUCUCCUAAGACUGAAAUGCCAUCAUCUGGACAGGAUUUGUAUGACUUUUCUGUAACCCUGAUGCAAAAUUGACACCAGUCGGUCUGUUAUAUUAUCAUGCAACACCAUGAUGAGUCUGAUGAAUCAAUUGUGCAAUACAUCCUGAUGUUAGGAAUGGCAGACAUGCAAAGAACGCAGAGUGAUUAAUCAUUAAAGUAAAAGCUGGUUUGCGGUGGAUUCCUGUUUGCACAUCGGAGUCACUGAGAGAACCCCGGUUUCCUGUCCAGAUAAUAAAUAGCUUCUCCAGACCCCCUGAAGUAAGUGCUUAUAGUUCCUGAUGCCUUCCUAUCUCAAUGCUGUGCUGCAAACACCUCCUGGUUUCCCUCUGAUCAGGAUCAGUCAGGCACCCCAGUCCUCUCUGACCCUUCAGAAACUCUUCUCUCCUUUAGGGUUUUCCCUCUAUGUACUGUAUUGGGUGUUUUCCACCCAGUGCAUUCACUGCAGCCUCAAUGAGGUCACUUUAACAUAAUACAUUUCUUUAGGAAAACUUUGCAAGCAAACUGGGCUUCAGGGGAAACACACAAAGUUACAUCUUUGAUUUGCUACUUUAGGGGGACUUGUGUCCCUUCACGAGCUUGUUAGUUAUUUAUAUGAGACCAGCAUUAACUAAAAUGAGUUUUACUGUGCCAAUGAUAUGCACUUUGCUGCCCCAAAAUGAUUGUAUUUGGACUCUUAUUUGUAUUUUAUGGUUGGUAAAGAUUAAAUUAGCGUCUAUUAUGAUGUAAAUUCAAAUGUUGUGGAUACAAAUAAAAAGAAUUGCUUGUUUGUAUGAUUACUCCCCUUUUACGCACAGCGGAGGCUGAACUGAGACUCUUGGGACUUGGGUUUCCUGAAUGCCUCGGGUGUUUUUAAGAUGGCAUAAUCACUUUUCAAAAGUGCAUCAUAUGUUAUUGAAUGUAAUGGUUUUUAUGGUAUUGUUUUCACUUCAAUCGUUUUGCAAACCUUUUGUUCAUUUUUUUUUUUUUUUUUUUUUUUUUAAAUCUGAUUGUUACUUAUUCCUAUGCACACUCACCCUUUGCUGUCACCUUCUGAAAAUAGGGAAAUUCAUUUUAUACUUUUUGGUUUUUUUAUUUCAACUUUUUUUGUACCUACCCUCCCAUAUUCCUGAGACCGAGGACACCAGCUUUAGUAAACAAAUAAUAUAAACUUUGUACACUGUUUUUACUUGUUUCUUUCAAAUUGAUGAAAUAAAAAGGUCUUAA